UUUAACUAUUUCCAGCUUUUCUCUUUGUUUUGUGUUUAAUAAUAUGAGCCUAUUAUAAAAUGAUGACGGAGAAACUACAAAAAAGAAGAUUUUCUUACUUGACAAAACUGAUUGUAGAUGAAGACAUUCCGCUUGAGGACUUGCACAACCUUGAGAUUCCGAAUGUAGGUUGCGGUGGUAAGCAGCAGGGUGUUGAGAUAAACUCGAAUAUAAUGGACAGCGUUAAACCACUCGGUACGUCGGAGUUUCACUCGGAAGCUUAUCUGGAGUACAGAAGGAGGGUUUUUGAACAGCUUGCUGAGGAAUAUGAGCGAGAAAAACAGCAGAAACAAGAAGUUGAAAUCCACAAUGACCAACCAUUCAACCAAACAAACAACCAGUCGAAUGAUGUUUUACAUUCUUCUUGCGAAGAUGAUCAAACUGAUGAAAAUGAAGAUUUAUUGAAACUUUCUCCUGAUCUACAACCAGCGUGGGAUGAUUCUGAUUUAAAAAGUCACGCUUACAUUUCUUCCCCACACCAAGAUGUAACAAACGGCUUGUGGCAGAAACAGGAAGAUUUUUCAGACUUAAUCAGUACGGAUAAUUUUCAAGAAUCCACCGAUAACAGUGUGGGGUAUAACUUAAAUGAUUGGACUAUGUUUGAUGCUCAAAUACAAAAAGCAACCAAAGCUGCUUCUAAUGAACAAUUGAAAACUGGUACUCUUCCCAAAACACUUUCACCUGUUUUGCCACCACAACGCAGAAGAACGUCAAAAAAUUCAUUUAAAAGAUCGUCAUUGAAAGAUAAAGAUGGUCUUCAGCGUAAAAUAUCCUUGGAUGAAAUGGAUGAAGAUGAUGGAAUGCAAAGCUCACAUAAAUCAUGGUUAAAUAAAAAGUCUUACUCUACACAAAACCAGAGCCUUCAGAUUUGUUAUAUCAAUGAACCAUGUUCAUCUGAUGAAAGCGAUAGCACACAACAAUCGUCAGACAAGGCAAACCACAAUGAAACCCCACAGAAAAGCCCCUCCUCACCCACCUUAUCCCCUGGCUUUACAUCCUCGAAAGGAUAUGGGAAACGUUAUUUACGUCGAAAUCGUCUCUCGAAUGCCUCCUCUCACUCCUCCCACUCCUCCUCUUCCUCCUUAAGCUUCUCACACAACACAUGCGAAAACACCAUCAUCCAUCAUCACAAUGAUUUACGCAGCGGCCGAACCAGGCAAGAAGAUUUAGAAAUUGAAGCUCGAUUUCAACUCGCUGAGGCUCAGCAGAAAGCCAAACUUGAAGCUGAAGAAUUUCGAAAACAAUCCAAAACUAAAGAUGCUUCAUUGCUAACUACACUCAGUGAUGAGUUACAAAGGAAAAUGAACAAUUUCGGUUUGAAUGCAAAAGACUGUCAGUUAAUUAAACUCAAGCAAUUACGUCAAAUGCUCAAAGAGCUUCACAUGAAACAACAAGUAUUAAGUGAAUCCCUGGUUUCUCUAUUACUUGAAAGGGACACUCUGCAAACAGCACAAGAUGCAAAGCUAACUGAUAUUGAAGAUAUUAAAUGCAUGAUGUCCACUCUUGGUCCUGAAACAACAGUUUAAAUUAUUUAGAUAGUGCAUGGUACAAGUCACAUUGGUUUGCAAUAUUUUACAUCAGAGUUGAUAAGUGUUUCUCAUACAUAAUACCUGUUUAAAUUAUCAGGUCUGAAUUUUCUCACUUUCUGAAUGGUACGUUUAAACUACCUAGUACUGUAGUAAUUACAUAUUUGUAAACUGCCAAUUUCCUGUGUGUUCAUGAGUGUGUACGAACUAUGAAGCAUCUACUUUAUGCCCCCUUCUGUAAUUUUUAUAGUGGUCACUUAUGCUUUUUAGUGACAAAAUCUGUUCUAUUUUCUUGUUUAAUACUUUUUAUUCAUAUAAAAGCUAGGUGACAAUCUUUAAAGCUAGCAAUGAAAUUGAAAUGGCCUUUCUAUUUAACUUCUGAAAUAAUCGUGUAUUUCUUUUAAGGAAAUAUGGUGAUGUGCUUUUUAUCUUUUUCGUAAAAUAUUACUGGCAGUGCUGGUGCAGGUUCCUCCUCUAUGUUUCCUCUUAAAUUACAUUACAUAUGUAUUAUCAAAUGUUUUAAAAACUUAAUAGCUAUAUUCAAAUUGUGAAGCAAUAUUAAAUAUAAUAGGCUACACGUGAUUUUUCUAGGUGCGACUUUUUGAUUGUGUGUAAUGAACUAAUUGUACUUUUAAUACCCUGCACCGUUAAAUCUUUCUAUUUAUACUAAGUGUGUUUUUGAAAUGUUUUAAAAUAAAGGAAGUUUUAGCUUACACAUGUAUCAAAAUUUUAACAAUGUAUAGAUUUGCUAACUGUUUGUUAACAAUUAUUGCUCUUUUUCUUACCUUUUUACUUCGUCUGCGUAUUGUACGCAUGGGUUUGUUUUAUUUUUAAUAAACAAAAAUUAAGAAA